AUGACGCUCGCCACGAUGCCCACCACCACCACCAAUACCAACACCAACACCACCCUCACUCCUUCUUCUUCUUCUUCCUCUUCCUCUUCCACCUCUUACCCCGCCAAUCAUCGACCGAUGGCGAUCAGCCACCUCGUCGACGCUCCUACCACCAGUGUGUACCUUCCCGCUCUCUCACCUUCCGUUCAAUGUCAGCCUCAACCUCGACCUCAACCUCGACCUCAACCUCGACCUCGACCUCGAAUUCAUCCCGGACCCGAAUCCGAACUCGGAUCCAAGUCCCAACCCGGACCCGCGCUCGGGAGAGGAACGUCCGAAGAUGAAGCCGGGGCGAGGGUGUUGAUCAAGUUGUCUCAAUCGCCCCAGGACGCUUUGAUGGCCUCGCGGUCCAAUUCCGGGUCGUGGGUGGGAUCCGGGUCCGGGUCGGGGCUUAGGAUCGGGGUUGGGAACGGCGAUCGGCGCGAUGUCCUUUCUGGUCAUCGAGAGGAAGGAGAAGGCUCGCGGAGGGGAACCACGGUCGACGAUCGCGUUGAGGAGGAUGGGAUCGAUGUCGACGUCGAUUUUAUCGAUGAUGAUCAUCAUCAUCAUCGUCAUGAUGGGCACGAAAAUCACCUCGAGGUCGAACCAUGUUCUCAGGAAGACGUAAACGCGAUCGAUAGGUUUUAUCAGAGGAAAUUAAGACCGGACGUGCUUAAACGGGUGUCCCCCCUCCCCUCGUCAUGUUCCCCCGUUUCGCGCUUCCAUUCGGAGGACAGAUCGGGUUUCGGACUGGAAUUGGAGUUGGAGGAACUUUCCAACAUGUUUCGGGCUUUUCGCUGGUUCAGGAAUACGUUCGGACCCAACAUGUGCAGCCCGCUGGUCGUAUCCGACACCAUCCCGGAAGGCGAACGGGUCACGCUCAAAGUCGUGUGUCAAGAACACGUACGUUCCAGUGAACAUCGCGAGGAGACCGAAAAGUGGGAUUCGCUUGCGCCUUCGAGCGUCACUCCGCCUAGUAAGAAGAGGCAGAGGACGGAAUCAUUGGCGAAAGCCGAUCACGGUGCCAAAUCUCGAACGCGGCAUACGGCAGGACAUGUCGAAUCAAACGUCGACACGUCAAGUGGUUCUGCGAUUGAAGACUCUUCGAACGAUCUCACGCUCGACCCCGCUCCUUUGAUGGCGCUUGAUCCGGCUCAUCUAGACAUAGCGGAAGCUGGCAGACGUUUAAGCAGCUGCCGCGACGUGUCAAAGGAAGACCUCAGUCUGGAAAGAGUGCUAGUCCUGCUGGACGGGCUCAUGAGAACCUCUGACCCUUCGAGAGACGGCAAAGUGGACGAUUCGAGUGCGCGCGCGAAAAAGACGGCGCCCAGCUUGGAAACCCUUACCGCACCCGGUCCGAUCGAAUCCGUCGAGGAAGCGCUCGGUGUCUUGGGAUUGAAACAGGACGACGUCACGGGUAGAUGGGGCGCUUUGAGGGCCAUGUCGGUGACACUCACCUUUGCGCAGGCAGACUACAGAGCGGGGCGUCUCGAAGCGAAACCUCCGGACUCGCAGCGCAAGGGCUUCAUGUUAUGCGAUGCCGUCGGGAUGGGGAACACUCUUGCCGCACUUUCAGUAUUCUCUCGGGACAUGGGCAGCCGGAACUCACCUCUCCCGACGAUGAUCCUUUGCCCAGCUGGUUUGGUGAUCUCUGUAUGGCAGCAACAAAUCCGUCAAUGGAUGGGUGUUCUCGAGCAAUGGACUACUUAUGUGGAAAAUCUCGAAGACUGGGAAAUGUUUCUAGAGAAACGGCGAGCCGUAUGUUCAUCCCUGUCCGUCUCUGCUGCGCGGCUAUCAGCUGAUGUGGGCCUUACGUUCACCUGUUUCGAUGCGAUCCAGCUCAAUACGACUGACACCCUCGAUAAACCACAAAAGCUCGCGUUAGGUGAUUUCCCCGCCGACAGAGUCAUCGUGGACGAAUGUCAGAACUUGAGACACACGCGGAUUCGACAUGGGAAACAUAUCAUCCGUUACUGCGCAUUACCCCACGUCAAAGACGUCUUGCUGCUAUCUGGUACCAUCGCGCCCCAAGACCAUGGCGACAUCUUUCCGGCUUUGAAGAUGGUCGGCUACUUGAAGCUGGAGACCAUGUAUGGGCAAUGGGUCAAACAACUCAACAAGCUAUCUUCGACCAACGAGAAGGAUGAAUGGUUGAGAAAGAUACUCGCUGACAACACGCUGUACAUGUCGAGAACCUUCGACUUUGCGCUCCACGCCUUGAGGGACUUUGUGGUAAAUCCCGAGGGAACUCAGAGCGUGAGAUGUAAUCCUACAGACAGCAAAGACAUGCUAUAUGGAGCUGACGUCUACCAUCGCAGGGAGGAGAAAAACGACCGCAACUUGGACCGACCCAUCCUCAACACAGAGGUUCACUCUAUCCUGGAAGCGAUGCGGGUCGCCACGUACUCUAUUGACGCGUUGCCGGAAUGGUGUAAAGAUACCAAAUUCGAGCUUGAUGAAGACACACAAGCGUGUCUCGAGAUGAUGAGAGAUGAGCAAACCGGUUCCACCAUGUUGUCCGCGAAGAUUUCUAGAUUACUGCAGGGUCCUGAUCCAGGCAGUACCACCAUCAGUGAAAUGAUAGAGGGAAUCCACGGGAAUGAGACAUCACAGGAUGAUAAGAUACUGGUUGUCGGUCACGAUGAGCGCUUCAUCGGACCCCUCGAACGUGCACUCGAGGCGCGCGGUUAUCGUCGUUACAGUCACGGUUCGACCCACGCGGCAGAGCUGCUUGUUUACGACAGUAAUGCUCGGAAUCGGGAUGCCAAAAAUUUGACUCUCGAGCUCUUGAAAACGCGGCCAAACGUCAAGAUCAUGCUGGGGCCAGCGAGUCAUGUGUGGGAAGGGAAGAACCUACAGGCAUGCAACCACUUGUUCAUGCUAGACGUACCGCGGACCCGAGGCGCUCGCGCUCAGUUGACAGGCCGGAUCAACCGACCUGGGCAGCUCAAGAAUGUCACGAUAACCGGCCUGCUUACUUUUCUAUCACCCGACAUCCUGUUCGAUAAGCUCGUGAACAACCUCAAGUGUUGGCAUGGAGUGAACGCGUUCACCAAACGCCUUGCAAACGUCUCGAACGUCUCCAAAAAAUCACUGAACGCCAACGCCAAAAUGAACGUCUUAGACGUUCGUGGCGUUGGCGUUCGAACGUCUUAG